UCCCGGCGGACUAAAGUGAAUAAAACAGAAAGAGUGAACAGAGAAAGAAAGAGAGGUAAAGAUAGGUCGACAGACAGAAUGUGGAUAUUUUACGUAGCAUUGGUUGUUGCAUCGAGUGGAUGUCUGUUCGCGUUUCCACAGAACGAUUCGCCUAGGAGCGAUUCAGAUGUUUUCCAAGUGGAUGGCUUUGUUUUCGAUGGACCAGCGACCAGACCGAUUUCAGGGAACGAACGAUUUACGACUGUGACUGAGAGCACGAGCACAAGUACAACCACAACUCCGGCGCCGUCACGUGAACGCGACGCGUGCAUGAGUAGAUGUCAGGUAACUCCUGAAUAUAAUCCGGUUUGUGGGUCGAACAACGUCGCUUAUAAUAAUCCAGGACUGUUGAGUUGCGCGGCGAUUUGCGGUGAAGUCGUCACGUUGAACUACUACGGGCCGUGUGUGACAGCAAACACGAGUGGAUAAUUGGUGAUCGAUCGGUUGGUUGCAGAAAGGAUACACAAUACUUGUACAUAUGUACAUAUAUGUAUGAUGUCGCGUCACACAGGACGCUUGUCGAUUCGACAAUAGAUAUUUGAAAUAAAUCGAGCUAGAAUUUUAUUUCUUGUCCUGGCCUUCGUGCACGUUCGUUGGCUCUCGCGCAGAGCUCCCGUUCGACGGUUGCUUACCGACGGUACGUGUACGGAUGGGAUCACAGACAAGAUAUAAGAAUAUACCUAACAUAUUAUGGGACUUCGUGUUCCACGAAAAUCACGCUGGUUGGAGC